AUGGAAAAAAAUAUUUAUUGGGAAAUUAAAGAAGAAAUUGAAAAAUUAAAAACAAAUAAAAAUGUUCAACAUGAAUUAAUUGUCAAAAAAGAAUUGUCUCGUGUCGAAACUUCAAUCAAAUUAAAAGAAAAAUUAAAAGAAUGUGGAUUGUCUGUUUAUGUAUUGAAAUUUGUUUUAAAUGAAAAUCGAGGCGAAGAAAAAAAUCGUUUUGGAUCAAUUAUUCGAUUAUUGCCUAAAGCUCUACGCUUAUCAAAAAAGAAUGGUAGCGCAAAAGGAUUGUCUGAAAACAUAAAAAAAUAUUUGGAAAAUUUUGAAAAUAAAUGUGAAGCAGAAAUUGAAGGAAAUAAAGAAUUGAGUAAACAGAUUGUAGAAACAAAAAAAUUAAAAGAAGUUAAAAUUGAAUUAAUUAUUGAAAUUAACAAAUUUGAAAAUAAAUUGAAUGAAAAAAUUAAAAAAUUGGAGAAAAGAAAUUUAAAAAAUGAAAUUAAAAAGAAUGAAGAUUUGGAGGGAAAAUUAGUGAAGGAAACAAGAGAAUAUAUUGACAGAUUAGUGAAGAAAUUGGUCUUUUUAGUUAGAAAUUAUGAGAAAUUAACAAACAAACAUCCGGUUUGUUUAAUUUUAAAUACCUAA